AUGGAGAUCGACGCCGACAACCUGAGCGCCACCGAGCUCCGCCUCGGCCUGCCUGGGACCAGCAGCAGCGACGACUGGCAGAAGAAGCCGUCGCCCUCCGUCGGGGCCAAGCGCGCGCUGGACGACACCAGGAGCGAGGCCUCGGGGACCAGCCCGGCCACCGCCGGAGACCUCGACCACGACACCGCCGCGCCUCCAAAGGCGCAAGUGGUUGGAUGGCCGCCGGUGAGGGCGUACAGGAAGAACACCUUCCAGGCGGCGGCGGCGGCCAAGAAGGCCGAGCAGCAGCAGGGAGGAGGCCUGUAUGUGAAGGUGAGCAUGGACGGGGCGCCGUACCUCAGGAAGGUGGACCUCCGGAUGUACAAGGGGUACAGGGAGCUCAGCGACGCGCUGGACGCCCUCUUCACCAAGUCCAUCUCUGCCGCUGCCGCCGCUGCGGAGGGCGGCGAACACCAGCACGCCAUCGCCUACGAGGACAAGGACGGCGACCUCAUGCUCGUCGGAGACGUGCCCUGGGAUAUGUUCAUCUCUUCAUGCAAGAAGCUCAGGAUAAUGAAGGGCUCUGAGGCCAGGUGA